AUGGGUUAUGCAAAUAGUAUGAGGGAUUUCAAUAUAGAUACAGGAUGUGUGAUCUCCAAUGUCUGUGUCGUUAGAACUUACGAGAAUGCAUGGGCUAUGGAAGAAUGGUGUGUUAUCCGUUUAGUGAUGGAUGGGGAAUAUGUUGAUGAAGAAAUGAUAGUGAGCAUUGUCUCUGGGGCUACACUAUCUAUCAUAUUGAUCUUAGUUACAUUCAUGCGUAGGGUAAAUACUACUUGUGUGAUACGGGUUACACAACCAUGCCAGUUUUAUCUCCCUUACCGUGGUGUUCAAUAUCAUUUGAAAGAACAAAUUGGGAAAACGCCUAAUAAUAGAAGGGAGCUAUUCAAUCUUAGACAUUCGUCUUUAAGAUCUAAGAUUGAAUCUGCCUUUGGAAUAUUAAAAAAUCGUUUCAAGAUUCUUGCCACUAAACCUAAUUACCCAUUUGAGACACAGGUUGAUAUUGUCUUGACUUGCACAGUUCUUCAUAAUUAUAUUGCUACUGUUGAUCCAAACGAUGAUAUCCUCAAUGAACCUACACAAAUUGAAGAGGAGGCUAGUGAAAUGGAAAAUGAAGAAGAGGACAAUAUUCUUGACUUCUCUCAAACUCAAACCUAA